AUGGCCGACAAGUCGAAGCCAAAUCAUGUAUGGAAGUUGGAGAAAGCCCUUUACGGUCUCAAGCAGGCUCCAAGGGCCUGGAAUGGUCGUUUCUCUUCGUACGUAGAACAACUGGGUUUUACAAAAAGCUCUAGCGAUAAUUCUCUUUUCAUCUACAGCAAAGGGAAAAACAUUGCCUAUCUCUUCCUUUAUGUCGAUGACAUACUGUUAACGGCAUCGUCACCGGCUCUGCGUCAACAUAUAACAACCUUACUGAAGAAAGAAUUUGAGAUGUCCGACGACGGGAAACUCAAAUACUUUCUUGGCAUAAAGGUUGACUACAAUGGCGAUGGCAUGCUCCUAUCACAGACAGCUUACGCAAAAGACAUUCUAAUUCGUGCCUCAAUGCAAGAAUGCAACCCUGUAAGUACUCCAGUCGAUCUCAAAUCAAAGCUAUCUCAAGACAGUGGCGACAAAGUUGAUGAUCCAACACUCUAUCGGAGUCUCGCCGGCGCGCUCCAAUACCUCACUCUAACACGUCCAGACAUCCAGUACGCGGUGCAACAACUCUGUCUCUUCAUGCAUGACCCACGGGCCUCUCACCUCAAUGCCUUAAAAAGGGUAUUACGCUACCUAAAAGGCACCAUUACAGACGGCUUACAGCUCUACAAAUCCAGCACAACCACCCUCACUGCCUACACAGAUGCAGAUUGGGCUGGGUGUCCCGACACUCGACGUUCCACCUCCGGUUACUGCAUUUUCUUGGGCAGCAACCUAGUAUCUUGGUCAUCAAAACGACAAGACACAGUUUCACGAUCUAGUGCCGAAGCUGAAUACAAAGGAGUUGCAAAUGUCGUAGCUGAAACCUGCUGGAUAAGGAACCUUCUUCUCGAACUCAAAUUUCCUAUUUCCACAGCCACAUUGGUGUAUUGCGACAACAUAAGCGCAGUUUAUCUCUCCACCAACCCGGUAAAGCACCAACGAACAAAACAUGUAGAAAUAGAUAUACAUUUUGUUCGUGAGAAGGUCGCAAUGGGUCAGGUCCGAGUUCUACAUGUUCCAUCCUCUUCUCAGUUCGCGGAUAUCUUCACUAAAGGUCUUCCAACGUCUCUCUUCAACGAAUUCAAAACCAGUCUUUCCGUUAGAAGGCCCAACGAUAAGACUGAGGGAGGGUGA